UAAAUGACUGUUGACAGCUGAGUUAUGAGUUGAAGUUGAAAGGUUCUUUUUUUCUGCGCUCUCAAGGCAGAAGGUCUUAUUGACAACAAAAUCCGAAUAAUCCGUAAAAAUGAGAAUCUACAAAGACAUUUUCACAGGAGACGAAAUGUUUUCCGACACCUACAAAAUGAAGUUAGUUGAUGAGGUAGUAUAUGAAGUUUAUGGUAAACUUAUUCAGCGUAAACAGGGUGACAUCCAACUGGAUGGCGCUAACCCUUCUGCCGAGGAAGCCGAUGAAGGCACCGAAGAUGGCGUAGAAUCUGGUGUCGAUAUAGUUCUUAAUCACAGAUUAUGUGAAACAUACGCCUUUGGAGAUAAAAAAUCUUACACCGCAUAUCUUAAGGAUUACAUGAAAAAACUAGUAGCAAAAUUGGAAGAGAAAGCACCUGACCAAGUAGACAUUUUUAAAUCUAACAUGAACAAAGUCAUGAAGGACAUCUUAGGUAGGUUUAAAGAAUUACAAUUCUUUACAGGAGAGUCAAUGGAAAUUGACGGUAUGGUAGGGCUUAUGGAAUAUAGAGAAAUUGAUGGGCAAUCUGUGCCUGUAAUGAUGUUCUUCAAACAUGGACUGGAUGAGGAGAAGUUUUAGGCGUUUUAAAUUAUUAACAUUGUUAUUUAAUAUAUACCGAUCAUCUACAAUACUUUAACAGUGUUUUCCAACAAUUAUUUAAUAAAGUGAUAAAAUGUAUGUUGUGAGAGUGUUUAUAUCUCUUAAGAAAUAAAGUGAUUUUGCUAAAAGUUCUU